UUGACCGCAGUGCUGCAGUCUUCAAUUAAAGACAUGGCUGGAAGAAAUUUCAGGAAAAGUAUACUACUGCUUCUGGCUUUCUACAACAUAUCAUCAGUUUUUGCCAUAGAGGUCUGUUCCAACACUAUCCUACCUGGAUCAAAAGGCGACCAAGGUGAAGUGGGAGAUGAAGGCGACGUGGGAAGACUGGGGAAAACCGGGCCCCCUGGACACAGAGGUCCCUGUUACUUUGCUGGUUUGGUUAAUAAACCAAGCCUGCCAGGAGAAAAUGGAGAGAAGGGGGAGCCUGGCCGGAUGGGAAAGAUGGGCCCUGCAGGAGAGAGAGGGGAAAAAGGAGCGCGAGGAAUUGACGGACCUUCGGGCCUAAAAGGCAAAGCAGGGACUACCUGCGACUGCGGAAGGUACAGGAAGGUCGUCGGGCAGAUGGACAUCAACAUCGGCAGACUGAAAAAUGCUGUCAAGUUUGUGAAAAAUGUCAUUCUGGGCAUUAAGGAGACAGAAGAGAAGUUAUACUUGCUAGUGAAGGAUGCACGGAGGUACCGUGAUGCUCUCAUGAACUGCAAGCUGCGUGGUGGGACAUUGGCUAUGCCCAAAACCAUUGACACCAACACACUGCUGACCAGCUAUGUCAGCGAGGCCGGCCUUACUCAUGUGUUCAUCGGCCUGCAGCCAGCAGAAACCGGAGGAGGAUAUGCAUAUGCUGAUGGCAGCCCCCUAAGAAACUCCACAGUCUGGGGUCUGGAGGUACCAACAGAGGUCAGCAGCAACAGCUGUGUGCAGAUGGGAUCCAAUGGGGCUUGGAGUCAGGUGAAGUGUGAUAUCGGAAAGUAUUUCAUAUGCGAGUUUUCAAAAAAAUAAGGAGGUACCUACAAAAAAGUUCUGGUGAUGUAUAUAUACUUGCAAGCUGGAUGAUGUACACACUUUCAAGCUCUUGCUUUUACAGUGGAAUUGCUACCAAUGUGGCACAGCAAACCUUAUUGAGAAGUCUGUGCCAUAUCUGUAUUUCUAAAUUUUAUUAAAAAUUGUUAUUCUCAGAAAUGGGUUUAAGGUCUAUGUACGUGUACAUAGGAGUAUUUUAAGUAGUACUUUUUCACUCAGUUUUUCACUCACUCACUGACUUUUCACAUGCAGUUCUCAGUUUCAUUUUGUGUUUCAUUUCAGUUUCUAUGCUAAUAUGUGUACAAAUAAAUUUUACUUUAUCCA